AUGCGCGCGAACGCGAACGUCACCCUCCGCGGGUCGCGAUGCGUCCUCGUGCCGUACCGCCCCGAGCACGUCGAGACGUACCACGCGUGGAUGCUCGACCCUGAGACGCUCGCGGCGACGGCGUCGGAGCCGCUCACGAUGGAGGAAGAGAUCGAGGCGCAGCGGUCGUGGGCGAACGACGAGACGAAGCUGACGUUCAUCGUCCUCGACGUCGACGCGGCGGGAGACGCGCGCCGCGACGGCGACGGCGACGGCGACGGCGCGCCCCGCGCGGACCUCGGCGUCAUGUGCGGCGACGUGAACUUGUACUGGAACGUCGCGGACGACGUCCUCGCGUCGGCGGAGAUCGAAGUCAUGGUCGCGGAGAAGCGCUCGCGACGGAAAGGCAUCGCGAGCGAGGCGCUCGAGAUGUGCAUGGCGUACGCGUGGAAGACGAUGCACGUCACGACGUUCGUCGCGAAGAUCGGGUUGGGAAACGCGGCGUCGCUGGCGCUCUUCACGGAGAAGCUCGGGUUUCGCGAGACGAGCCGCGAGACGCGGAUCUUCCGUGAGGCGACCGCGGAGCUG